AUGAACAACAUAACUUCCAUACAAGGCGCUCCAUCAAGUCUUCCGAGACCGUCACGUUUCGCACAGAUUAAUACCCCCGUGUCGCGCAUUACUCAGUCCGAUAUCCUGGGCCAGUGGGAGCAUGAUCGAUUCGGUACGGUUGGUGCUGGGUCAGGCUUGAAUGCGAGUAGGUGGGGAGAACAUAGACAAGAGAGGAGUACAGUGUCAUCGUGGCAGGCCUUUGCGCAGAGUCAUACGUCAAUGCCUUUACCGCCGUUGAGGGGGAGGAAAUCUGGAGUUGAAGGUGUGCAGAGGAAUGAGGAAUUGGGAACUGGUGCUGCUGGAGUUGAAAACCGGAGAUUAACAAAAUUUCCUACGACACCGCCCCAGGAAUACACUCGAGGACAUGCAGAAGAGUCUUCAUAUAUACCACGCCGUGUACCGACUCCACGAAGCCAGACCUGGCGCAAGAGGAAGAGCGAGAUCCGCGACAGCCAGAAUGGAUGGAAUUCAAACAGCGCACCUCAAGUCAAGAGAGCUAGUCCAGAUCGAUCAUCGCCAUUGUCUGCAGCAGUUGCUGGUGACAGAAGAUCGAGCGGAGAUGUUGCAAGGCGAGAAAUAACUCAGCAGCCAAGAAAACCAGGUUUCGAACCUUGGGUGUCGUCUCGAACGCGUGGACACAUUGUUGCUCCUAACGGAAUACCGAUCAUACCAAAUGGUUCUCAGCCGGGGAAAUCAUUUCCUCGACACCAACAGUCCACGAGCACACCACAUCAAGUGAUUGCGCAGAAUAUACCAGACUCGGUGCCAGAGAGACAGCCUGUGAAGUCAAUACUAAGCCCUCAACAACGACAUCCCAGCUGUCAUCCAUGGAAAACAUCAACCGCCACUCCAUCAACACUAGCCCCUGCCGACACAUCCACGGCAACGAGCCCUUCGAAGUCUCGAGCCAAGACUACCGAUGACAUUGCUCGCAGACUGAUAUUUGCUGGUAUUGGAGCCGGUCGAGCGCCUAAACGGACAGAAGAGGAGCUGAGAAAGAGACACGAAGAACAAGAGAGACGGCGUAUUCAGCGAGAAGAGAGAGAAAACAUGGGGAAAGAUGAGGUGAUGAAGUGGUGUGGUCUUGAAAAUGUGAAGUCUGAAGUGAACCCAUUUGAACAGGCCGUUGUUAAGAAGAGUUUGAUAAGGUCUUCUACGACGAUGGAGAUUGUAGUAAAGGAGCUGACUAGAUUCAAUGGUAAAGAGAUCCAGUGGUAG